GCAAGAGUAUAGGGGCGACCUUAUCACUUGGUGAGAACAUAGACAGAUGGCUACAACAAUGAAACUGACGCUUCUUGUUGUUGUACUUGUAAUUGCAGCAGCAGCGACCGUGCUACCUCAAACAGAAGCUGCUGCAUAUGUGGUCGGAGAUACCACUGGUUGGACUACUCCUUCCGGCAACGCUACCUUUUACACCUCCUGGGCUGCCAAGCAUAACUUUUCAGUUGGUGAUAUUCUGGCCUUCAACUUCACCACUGGAGUACAUGACCUUGCUACAGUUAGCCAAGUUGCUUUUGAUGACUGCAACACAAGCAGUAAUAUCAACCUUACAAAAACUGGACCGGCCAACUUCACCCUCAAUUCCACCGGAAGCUACUAUUUCAUCUGCACCUUCCCUCAGCACUGCUCCAGGGGACAAAAGUUAGCCAUUAAUGUCACCAUGGCUAAUUCCUCCGGCACUAGUCCACCACCUCCAGCUGGAGUUAUAUUGGGGUCUCCGCCACCACCGAGUGGCUCAUCAGCCGCAUCUCUUGCUGCUACUUUCUCUCUUAUUCUCAUCACCAUUUCCUCAACUAUCUUUUAUCUAUUUUAGUUUCGUUUUCCGGU